GUCAUAUCAUUGCACUUCUUGUACCAAUCAUUGCACUUCUUGUAAUAUUCACGGAAUUCAACACAAAUUAUUCAUUGCACACGAUCUUCAAUCGUCUUCAACCUAGGGUUCAUCUUCAACCUUGGGUUCGCCUUCAACCUCGACCACCUUGGUUGAAGAAUCUGAGUUGUUGGAGCGGCAGUCCAAUGCCAUUCUUUGAGAACAUUAAUUCUCAACCCCAAUUUCAAGAAAUACAAAAAGAAAAAGGAGAAGGGGAAGGAGGCAACCAUGCGGCGGGUCUGCGGUUGGUGAGCGGCGGCGAGCGAUGGUUGUGCGGCCGCCGGCUAGAUGGCGGACAAUACAUGGACGUCGUGCAGCGCCUUGGAGCCCAGGUCGAGCGGACGAUUGCACUAGCUAUCGACGAUUUACACCGAGAUCGCAGUUUUGUUCAAGGCGGCGGCGUUAGACGGUGGGUGGCGGCGCUGGACUGUGGGCGGAGACUAGGCAGCGAGCGGCAGUUGGGCGGAGGGGCGGCUGCGUGAGUGAGCGUUGGAGGUUG